AAAAGUUGUCCGAACGGCCACCCGUCAGCGCACAACUCGUCCGGCUUCCAUGGGCAGCGCAUCCAAAAAUUUCCGGCGGGUGCGCGCUCUCAAUGUGUUUUUCUCUGCCAUCAUUUUGACUGGACAAAACACAACCCUCAUCGCCGUGCAUUUAUUUUGACUCAUUUACGAGUGCGUGUUUUUUUUUUGAGUUUGUUUCUGAUUCAACAUCCAGCAGUUGUCGCGUUUUGUGCUUUCGUUCGUUCGUUCGUGUACCAGCAACGUGAAAAUUUUAAGUGGUUAACUUUUUUUUCAUUUCUGUGCGUGUGUGUGUGUGUUGUAGUUCGCCGAGUUUUAUAUUUGACAGCCGAUCGUCGAUGAAAUUCGAUCCCGACGUCAAGUGAAAGAGAAUCGAUUCACACGGAACGAUGGAAUACAGUUGAUUGGAAGACAAAACCAAAAUUUGAAUAGCCAGAGACAAACUUUUGAUGAUUCAAAGUGUCGCAUUUAUUGGUUUUUGAAUAAAUUUCGAAACUUUAACGUGUGCGUGUUAACCUCCAAGUGCGUGAAAUUAAACAAACAAUUUCGAUUGAUUGGCUGGACAUAUCUAUCCGUCGGCGGCCAAUUUGUGUGUUUUGUUAGUUUUUUCGGGAAUCCUAUCGCCACCAUUUCACAUCAAAGCAGCAAAAUGUCUCGCAGGAAACAAGCACGUCCCAUACGACAUUUGGAUGACGAGGAUGGCGGUGGUGGUGGUGGUGGACCGGACGGCGUUGCGUCGCUUCUCGACGGCCAAGAGGACGAAGCUUCAACCACCCACACCGGAGCCGACGAUGGAGGAGCGGACGAUCGGGUCAACAACAAUAACGAAAAAAGAGGCAGACGGAGAAAGAGGGACGAAGAUGAGGAGGAAUUGAUGGCCAGCGAAGACGGAGACGACCAGGAGGCCGGCAGUGACGUCGAUGACGAAGAGGAAGAUCAAGAGGAUUUGCCGGCCCGGCUGAAGAAACAGGCUCGAGAGAGGGACGUCCUGCUGGCCACAUCGGCUGCUCUCAUGAACGAGGUGGCCAUGACGGACAAAGCUUUGAGUCUACCCUUCGCAGUGGCCGGCCAAGGAGUGAUGGCAGGCAGCGGUGGGUCGAGUGAAACGACGGCCGCCGCUGCUGGCCAGCUCCCGUUCCCUUAUGCGGCCACACUGGCCAACGCCAAUGUGACGCUGGACGCCCUGCAGAGCACCAAAAUGGCCAUCGCCCAGUUCGCCGCCACCGCCAUGGCCAACAAAGAUUCUCAGAGUCCAGCAGCCAUCCAGGAGCUGGCCGUCCUCCAGUCAACUCUCUACGCUCUGCAGCAGCAGCAGAUCAUGCAGCUGCAACUGAUCCAGCAGCUCCAGCAGCAAUUGCAAAUCAACAACCAAACGGACCAAGGAGCGGCCGUCGCAGUGCCGGGCGUGCCCAGCAGCGUCACCGGCCCAGUUGGCGCCAUCAUUAGCCAGCUGGCCGCUUCAGGUAGGGAAGGUGGAAUGGCCAAUUUGAUGGGAUUCGUGGCCAGUCACCAGCACGGCAGCAGCAGUGCCGGACUGCUGGAAACUCACGAAACGGAAAUUCCAGCAACAACUAUCAGAGCGUCCAGCAGCAGUGAAAACAGUUCGCGGACUUCGACUCCUGCCGCCCGACCUCUGGCGCCCAGUCAGUCGGAGCAUCACAGCAGCCGGACGGCCGGCCCUCAGUCGCCGAGAGUCAAAGAAGCGCCUCGCCGGCCAAGACCAGACGACCACAUGUCCGGCCUGGUGGCGGCCAAAGUCAUGCCGACCCAGUCAUCCUCCUCAUCGGCCACCAAUACGACGACGGCCACGCCAACAACAACAGCAUCCGUGACGUCCAGCUGGUCCAGCUCGACUUACUCGCACAAUUCAUUCUCGACGGCCAGUCUCAUGUCGCAGCUGCCGGGCGGCUCGCUGGCCGACACCAUUCUGCAAACGUCCGAGCCGCCGACCAACCCGGAAGGGCCCAGCACGCUGGACCUACUCCAGCGGACGGCCCAGCAGGUUUUGAACAACGCCUCGCAGGGCUUGCUGGCCACCAACCUGGCCGACGAGCUGGGCUUCCGCAACGGAAUGGGCGGAUCCGGCGGUGGUGGCGGCCAUUCGGGCAGCGGCUCGAGCGGCAACGGCGACUGCGGGACGGGCGGGUCCGGCUCUGGGAGCAAGAAAGAUCAGCUGUUCAAGCACCGUUGCCGCUAUUGCGGCAAAGUCUUUAGCAGCGACUCGGCCCUUCAGAUCCACAUCCGGUCGCACACGGGCGAGCGGCCGUUCAAGUGCAACAUCUGCGGCAACCGGUUCACCACCAAGGGCAACCUCAAGGUCCAUUUCCAGCGCCACGCCCAGCGCUUCCCGCACAUCAAAAUGAAUCCGCACCCGGUGCCGGAGCACCUGGACAAGUUCCACCCGCCGCUGCUGGCCCAGAUGGACAUGGACGAGUCGAAAAUGUCCCCACCGCCGCCACCACCUCCGCCGACGUCGACGGGCUCCGCCCAUCACCAUCACCACCACCACCACGGAUUUCUUCCGCCGCCGCCGACGUCGUCGGCCGCCGGACACCACCACCACCACCAUCCGCAUCAUCCGCAUCCGGCCACGUCCAGCAGUCUUUUCCGCUCGGCUCCCGUCGUCCCAGUUUCCAGUUCGUUUCUGUUCCGGCCGCAUUCGCUGGGCGAUCUGAUGCCGCCGGGCAUCCGUCCCAUGUUCCCACCUCUGAUGGCCGUCCCGCCCAUGCCCAGCAAGGAACUGACCUCAAUGACAGUCACACCUCAAGAAUCACCGGUCCAGAAAUCUAAUGCCGCCGGCCCGGAAUCGACGGAGAAAACUGGGAAGAGUCAAGAGGAGACGGACAGCGGGGAGAUGAAGGCGGACGCCGUUGUCAAAACGGAACGCCCAGACGAAGAAGAAGAAGAAGAGGAAAACGAAAUGGACAAUGAGAUGGGCGAGCAGAGGGACGAGACGGACUCGCCCGUCGGAGAACGAGCGGCCAGCUCGGCCGGAACUCCGCAACCAACGGCUGAAGAGACGGGCAAAAGUGGAGAAGUGGCCGACGAAAGUGGCGGGCGAGAUAGCCGGAACCACACGUACAAUUCAGCCGACGAUGUGUCGUCCAACCAUUCGGCCAGCCAACCGGACGAAGUGAUCCGCCCGUCGCUGGACGAGCGGACCAAAUCGAAGCUCAUCAGCCACAAGCCGUACGACGACCUGGACGACUUUGACGACAACCUGGACGAGGACGAGAUGGACGACGAGCCCAGCACGGGCAUCAACAAGGAGCAGUACAACAACCAUUCGGACGGCCCGGAAAACCUGUCCGGCCGUCGCUCGGCUUCCCCUUUAUCGGACGGAGUGGGUGGUACUCCUCCACCAGUGGGAAACGGAUCGCUCCUUUUCCAGCCGCACUCGAGUAACAAUUCAGAGCUGGGCGGCAGUCCAGCAGCCAAUUCCGGAUCGCUCCGCUUCGCUUCGUUUCCACCUCAACCGGCGCCCAACGGCGGCGGCGGCCAACCCGGACCGCCACCGGGUUUCAUGAUGAUGCAUCCGUCGGACGUCGACCCGGCCAAAGACCCGGCCAUCUACACGAAUUUGCUGCCCAGGCCGGGCUCGAACGACAACGCCUGGGAGAGUCUGAUCGAAGUGACUCGGACGUCGGACACGGCCAAGCUCCAGCAGCUGGUGGACAACAUCGAGAACAAGUUGGUGGACCCGAACCAGUGCGUCGUCUGCCACCGGGUCCUCUCGUGCAAGUCGGCCCUGCAGAUGCACUACCGGACGCACACGGGCGAGCGGCCGUUCAAGUGCAAAAUCUGCGGACGGGCCUUCACCACCAAAGGCAAUCUCAAGACCCACAUGGGCGUCCACCGGGCCAAACCUCCGGCCCGUCUCCUCCACAUCUGUCCCGUUUGUCACAAGAAAUUCACCAACGGGCUGGUCCUCCAGCAGCACAUCCGGCUGCACACGGGCGAGCCCACCGAUUUGACGCCGGAACAAAUUUCGGCCGCCGAGCUGAGGGAUCCGUUCCCCCAUCCGGGAUUUCCGUUCCUUCCGGCCGGAUUUCAUCCGUUUUUGCAUCACCACCCCCAAGGGUCGCCGUUCCUUCACCAUCACCACCACCACCCGGGCGCCGGAUUCCCGGGUCUCCAACCCGGACCCGACGGCCUGCCCAUCGGCUUUCCCUUCAGUGCCCGGACGCUGAGCGAUGGUAAGGACGGAAAUGGCGUCCUGCUGGGCGAGCACCGCGACCUGGGCGACAACGACGGCGACCUGGGCGGCGACGCCGAGAUGGGCGGAAGUUCAUCGGAGGCCCUUUCGCCGACUUCGUCGACGGCCUCGUCCAGUCAACAGCAGCACCACCACCACCCGGGUCUGCUGGGCCUCCACUUUCAGCACCAACUGCAGCAGAGGAUGCAGGCGGCCGCGGCCGGCGGGCAAGUGUUGAGCGACGAGGAGCGCCAUCAGCUGAUCAUGGCCCAGAUCAGCCGGGCCAAUGCGGAAUUCUUCCGCAAAUACCAACAGGAUUUCGCCGAUAUGACCAUGAUGGACGAUGAAGAGUUGGACGACGACGACGACGACGAUGGAGAUGACGAGGACGGAGAAGAGGACGGGGAAGAAUCUUUGAUGCACCAGGACGACGGGACGGGCGAACUGGACUCGGCCGGCCACCCGUCGCCCGGCACCGCCAAAAUCAUGCGCAAUGAAAUGAUCAAAAAUGAGAAAAUGACGUCGCUGCUAAGCUCCGAAGAAUCGCUGGCCGUCGAGCAGAUGCGCCAGCAGCAGCUCCAGCGGUUGCGCCAUUUUGAAUUUUCGCCCAGUCGGGCCUCGACGCCCGGCGAAAUCAAUUCGACAUCACGCCGGGAGCAGCAGCAGCAGCAGCCGGCCAAGAAAACAGCGGCCAGUCCGACGGUACUGACGUCUAGUAGGCCGUCGUCGGCCAACGUGUCGGUUCCGUUGCCUCCGCCGCCGCCGGCCACGGUCGCUAAACCCAAUCUUCAUCCGCCCAUCUCGCCGCUGGACUUGACGGCCGCCCGCGGGGCACCCGCUUUGACUUCGACGCUCUUCAGCGGACCCCAUCCGACGUCGACAACUUCCAUCUCACCGGCCACUUUCGUUCCGGCCGCUUUCAGCAUGUCGACGGGCGGUCCGGCCGCCACCGCCGUUUCCAACAGCGGCCACAACUCGAUGACGUCGAUUUCUUCGUCGAUUUCUUCGAUUUCUUCCGGCCCGGCCGCCGUCAGCACCACCAACAGUUCGCCGGCGUCGGCCCUGUCGUCGUUGACGUCGGCCGUCAUGGCCUCACCUUCGUUCAAUCCACUCAACCUGCCCAUCAGCGCUCCAGGGCGCGGCAACACGACGUGCAACAUUUGCUUCAAGACGUUCGCCUGCCAUUCGGCCCUCGAGAUCCACUACCGCAGCCACACCAAAGAGCGGCCCUUCAAAUGCGCCAUCUGCGAUCGCGGAUUCUCCACAAAGGGCAAUAUGAAGCAGCACAUGAUGACGCACAAGAACCGCGACGGGACGCCCAUCUCCGUUGAGCUGCUCAACAGCGUCAACGCCGAUCGAUCGCGCUCACGAUCGUCGUCCUGUUCCGUCAAGGACUCAUCCAACAAGAGCAACUCUUCCGACGAUUUCAACCUUCUACACGGCCAGCAGCAGCAGCAGCACCACCUCCCUCCUCCGCCGCCGCCUCCCAGUGCCGGCCAGCUUAGCGAGGCCAGCCGACGGGCGUCGGCCAAUAACCUGGCGGCCAUGAUGAUGUUAAACAACCCAACGACGCCAGCCGCUCUCAAGGAGCACUGCCUCUCGCUGACCAUCCAGCACAGUCACGACCGCAACGGAGCCGGCCCGCUCCAGCACCUCAACCACCACGACAGCCAGAACGGGCUGGCCCUCAAGGACGGACCCAACAAUUCGGAGUUGCUGCUGGCCACGGCCCAGCAGCAGCAGCAACUGCUCCAGUUGCAUCACCACCAGCGCUCGUCGUUAUCCCAUCGCGGACAAAAUUCGUCGUCCGGCGUUCAGAGGAAACGCGACCCGUCGGCGACGUCCCAGCAGAGGCCGGCUGACGAGCAGAGACGACGCCGUCGUUCGUCCGGCAGCAGCGAGAGCGGCAGCAGCAUCAGCCCGGCCAGUCAACUGGCCGUCGCCGUUGAGCAACGGGUUGCAUCAGCUUUGGCGGCUGGAAACGCAGCGGCGGCCGCCGGAUCGGCCGGAUCGCAACACCAACAGCAAUCCAGCCCGCCACCCUAUCGCGUUCACGGCUCAGCCGCCCGUCGAUCGGCUCUCCCCGUACCGCCGGGACCCCUACCUGAACGCUACUGAUGACACUAAUAUGCAAAUCAGGUAUGUUUUGUCUGUUGGCCUUGGCCUUCGCCCCCUCCCUGCCGUGGAUCUCAUCGAUGAACAAAUGCGAGUUGAUUGCGUCGUCUGCUGAAAAUGGUUGAUCAAAAGAAAAUUCACAUUUUUCUUGCUGGGACCCCCGCCGCCGCUAAAACGUUCUCCGUGGAAUAUUUCAAAAAAAAAACCUCUUAGGAAAAAUCAAAUGAAAUGCAUCAGUCUGCAGUAUAAAUAUUAUAAAAAAAAAUAAUCAAAUGAUGAUCAUCUUAUCACCAAUUUCACUUGACACUAACAAAAAGUAACAAGAAAUCGUCACCCACCUCCCCAUCACUCUCACAACACGACACAUAUCGCUGCGAACCCUUGAACUAUAUAUUUCGCCCCAAUUGAAAUAUUUGAAUUAGAAAUGUUUGUCUGUUUGUUUUUUUGGUUUUCGUGUCGAUAAUGUUCGUGUGUGUCUUUACUUUUCGUUUAUUUUGACCUACAAACCAAAAAAGAAAAGAAGUGGAACGUCGAUUUGAAUAUCCCCCCUCCAAUUUCUCUCACUCUGCUUCACUCUGCUAUAUCGUCAAUUAGUGUGUAAUCUCUCUUUUUCUUUUUCUCCCUUUCUUCCUUUCUUCGACGAAAAGACAAAAAGAAUAUGUUCAAAAACUCUAUCUAUUUAUAUUCAGUAGAAUUUUGUCGUUUUUCUUUUUUCAAAGAUAAAAAACAAAAAGAUAAAAAAUAUUGGAGCUGGGAAAAAGAACGACUGAUGGUGUGUAUGUGUGUGUGUGUCAUUUGUUCAUCUCUAUAUCGUAUGUGUUUUUUAGUAAGUAUAUAAAUAUCAUCUGGAGACACAGUAUACUAUGCUAUUAAAGCUAUGAGAGACCCCAGCCAGCCCCCCUAUAAAUAUUAAAUUAUGUUCAGCAAGAAGAAAAAGUUGUUUCUUUUUUUUAAUUUUCGGUCACUCUUAUCACACAGGCCCCAUUUUUGACGGUCGAAAAUUUUCUUUUGUAAUCAAAUGAUGUUGGAAGAUCUUCAUCAAAAGCCGCUAUGUAUAGAAUUAUUUUUUCGCUUUUUCACCUCUCGAAUUUUCGUUUGAACUUUGAAUUUCAAGGGCAACGCCCAUAAUGAUUGGCCUAAUAUAAAUUGGAAAAAAAAUUAUUAAUUAUAAUUAUAAUUCACAGCCGAAAAAAAAUGUGACACAACCAAAAGCGCCGGCACGUAGAUUCAGCUCUUCCUUUUAAUUCUCCACUAAUUUAUAAUUUCCUUAAAAAAAAAAAAUUUAAAAAUUCACGAAAAAAAAUGAUAAUAAAAAACCGCCGGUUGGAAAAACUAUCUGAUUGGAUCUGUCGUAUACAUGUUCCUAACUAGAUGCUAGUCGCCUCCCUCCGCCAGCCUAUUUUAUAUACUACUCUAAUUAAUACAAAAUCUCGCUUUCGUUUCCAUUUUCUCUCUCCUCUGACGUUAUAUAUAGUUGCGUAUAAAUGCUAAUAUGCCAGUGAAAUUAAGAUAUUCCUGCUAUAAAUGUAGACACGCGACACUUUAAUUUUUUUUUCGAGUGACCAUUUUGAUUUUCAACUUUUUGAAUUUUGUCAAAUACUUUCGUGAACAUAAAAACCAACAAAAAAAUCAUCAUCCAAUGUGUAAAUUGCGAGAAUGUGCGUGUGUGUAUGUCUCUGUCUCUGUUAUACUAUACAGCGUUUUAAUUUCGCCCACCUGUUUGAAAUUGUAAUUUCCCUCCUUUUUUAAUUUGUUUUUUAAUUUAAAUUUUUUUUCCCGUUUAAUGUCCGUGUGUGCUGAUGCGCGUUUGUUUUCACUGUCAACGUCUCUAUACUUCUUUAUACAUUUAAUUAUGGUAUACAUAUAAAACACUUGCCACCUCUCCACCCGAUUCCCCUCUCCCCCUGCCCCCCUACUGUGCUCCACUAUAAUAUACUUGUUCAGUUAAUA